CCAGCCUACUUUGUGAAAGAAAACAUUGGGGUUUCUUUGGCUGUUCUUGAUAAGCCUAUAAAAAAUGACAUGUUUUAGUUGCUUCUAGUUGCUGAAGUAAAGGAACCCUGCAGCCUUCCCAUGCUAUCUGUUGACAUGGAAAACAAGGAAAAUGGCUCUGUCGGUGUAAAAAAUUCGGUGGAGAAUGGGAGACCACCCGAUCCUGCAGACUGGGCUGUAAUGGACGUCGUCAAUUAUUUCCGAACAGCGGGAUUUGAGGAGCAAGCUAGUGCUUUUCAGGAACAGGAGAUUGAUGGAAAAUCCCUGCUAUUGAUGACAAGAAAUGAUGUGUUGACAGGACUUCAGUUAAAACUGGGGCCUGCUCUGAAAAUCUACGAGUACCACAUAAAACCUCUUCAGUCAAAGCAUUUAAAGAACACCUCUUCAUAGUACGGUCCAGUUGGGGUCUCAGACCUCAAAAAAUGCACAGAGACAUAAUUCAGUUUCAUGUGAUGAAACUUUGUAAACAGAAUACAUACAUGUGUAUAUGUAAAGAAUUUCAACCAAAUGAAACGUUAUCCUAUUGGAUAGACUAGGCAAUCCAUCAGCUGACCUGAAUUCAGUUAGGAGGAGCAAGGAGAACACGAGAACACGUGGACGGGAUAGUUUUCCUUGUGGGUUUGUCAAAGAGCGUGAAAGAAAUCAAACUUUGACAUGAUUAGAUACCCUUCCCCAGAAAAGCUUUGAAAUCAUAAGGAUUUUCUUCAUUUUUUCAUAGAUGGCUUUACCAAAAUUCAUUUAAAAAAUUAAUGGAAUGAGCAUCUUUUGGUUAUAGACUUGGGAAGGAGGAAAAAGAGAAAAAGAUUGGUGUCUCCCUUGGUUUCCUCUGCUCCUUAGAGCUUGUGUUACUGGGAUGGAAUUGCUGACACCCUUUUUUAUAGAGGGUCCUCCACUUGACCUUAUUAAGGUUUCACUGGGACAUGCUGCGGUGUGUGAAAUGAACAUGCAUCUCGGCCCCUUCAGGAGAGAACCGUAGCUCUAAAAGAAAAACUCUGUUGUGUAUUGGGGAUAUCCAUCCAUAUUCAGCUAGCUUUCACAGGGACUAAUGGUAUUUUCUGUAUAGAAUGGCUUUUAAAUGGGUUCUUUGUUUCUGAAGAAAGCAUUUUUUUGCUUUAUGGUUGUAUUUAUGAUAAUUUGUUUCUGAAGAAAUUUGCCAAGAGUUACAGAUCAAAAAGCCUUGUUGCUAGCACAGAAUAUUUUUAUAUAUAUUCCUUCAUGAUGGUGUAAUAUUUUUUUAAUUGCUCUGAUGCUUUGUUUGAUUCCUGGUUUGAGCACUUGUUUUUAAAAACUUGAAGAAGUGGGCUUGCUACAUCUCUGUUCAAAGAGACAUUUGUUCAAUCUCCAUGUGUCGAUGCCUUGUUGGGUCGGUGCUUUGUGGUUGCAAUAAAGCAUUGCUUCAUUU